AAUAAACUCCGUGUGGCAUUUUAAAUGUGAUUUCUGUCCACCAGUGCUUCUGGGUCCUAAAUAUUACAACUACUAGCAUUGUAACAUUCUGAGCAGUUUGAACUAUACCACUGCAAAAUAUGAUAAUGAUUUAUUUAAAAAGUAUUAGCACAUAAAUUAUAGAUAUACAAUGAGGUUUUACUAACAAUCAUAAUAAUGAUGAUUCUGAUUCUGAAAGCGGUCAUAAAGUGUUUUCCCCGUGGGGAAAUAUUUAGCGGAUGCACAUUUCCUGUUCCAUAGCAACAAGAGCGGUGUGGAACUGGGGAUGGAAGAAGAAUGAGACAAUUGAAAGAAGAUAUUCCCUGCAGACAGCUCUCUAUCGCAAAAUAAGAUAUUUAAUUAACUAAUGAGAAGCCGCACGACCUCUGUAAUUUGCGUCAAGUCGACAUUGUAGGCUGGAUUCGUCCUCUGCUCUAUGGCCUCUUUGGACACCCUUCGGAUCUCAACCAUCGUUCUCCAUUGUGUAUGAGCAAGAAAGGCAUCUAAUGUAUUACCCGCCUGCAAACACUUUAUCUCCGACGGGUGUAUUUCGGUCCUCAUCGUCAUGGCGACGCAUGACUUGGCACGGACCGCAGGUUUCCCGUGCAAACAUUGCGGGCUGAAGUGUCCUGACAUGGCCGCGCUCGUCGAGCACACGGACGGCCAUUUGACGCAAGAGGAGGAGCGCAAAUACAAAUGCGACGAAUGCGGACGUGGCUACAGGCAUGCCGGCAGCCUCGCCAAUCACAAAAAGGCUCACGACGUGGGCUCGUUUGAGUGCCACGUGUGCGGCAAAGAGAACUCCAACGCUUUGGCUUUGAAAAGUCACAUGCGGAGUCACACGGCGCGCAAAAAGUACACGUGUUCGCAAUGCGGCAAGGCUUUCCGCCUGGCGACGCAACUGGCGACGCACGAGCGGGUUCACCGUACCUCACAAUCAAAGAAGCCGGAAGUGGAGUCGGAAGCCCCGCGUGAAAUCGCCGAGAAUCAUUGGAACGACCGGUCGCCUGCGAGGAUUCAAACUGAAAAUGGCCCCGCGGACGACAAAAUGGAGGCUUAUCACCCGGCGUGUGACGUGCCAGAUGACGGCCGACCGUUCAAAUGCGACCUGUGUGACAAGACGUACAUUCACCUCCGAAGCUUGAACAACCACAAGAAGACCCAUCAGCUGGGAAUGUUUGAGUGCACCGUGUGUUUCAAACUCUUCAACAACAUGGCGGGGCUCUACAGCCACCAGAGAACCCACAAGGUCAGAAGCGGCGGCGGCGGAGGUAGCGGCUCGGCAUUUGGCUUCUACUCCGACUCCACGCUGGAGCGGUUUUCCCCUCGGAGCCCAGACGGCCCUGUCAACUUCUGCCAUUUGUGUCAGGUUGUCUUCCCAAGUGAUGAGGACUUCCAGGAGCACAUCCGCAUGCAUAACUCUACGUCGGCGUCCUUUGGCCUGCAGGACAACACAGCGGAGAGCCACAGUACGACGUACAACGGCGCUACCUGGCCUAAAAGUGACUUUUAUACGGCUCACGUCAACCCGAUUCCUUCUUUGGCGUCGGUCAAUCACGUGCAAGGUUUUGAUCAGACGCAGGGAGCCGCGAGCGCCAACGGUCACGUGUAUUCCAGCUGCCCGGUGAACCAAACGCCAUCUUCGAGCUGCUCUCAGGGACAACCCCCACUCAUGGAUCCCGGCAUUCUCAGUCGGGCUCCGAACGCAUCGGAAAUGGACGACGCUCCCGUCGCCGAUUCCGACGAGCGUCCCUUCAGGUGUCAGAUUUGUGGCAAGAGCUACCGCCACUCUGGGAGCCUCAUCAACCACAAACGCUCGCAUCAGGUGGGGAUUUACCAGUGCUCCAUCUGCAGGAAGAAGUAUCCUCACCUGGCUGCGCUCAAGAGUCACCUCCGCCUCCACAAAGGUCACAAAUCCUCGUUCAACCCCGACGGAGAUGUGGACUGGCUCCCCGCCGAGCGGUUUUGUGCAGUCAACCAGCAGGGGUUCUUCUCCUCGCGACAGGAUGAGGAGGCGGAUGGCGUCGCUCACCUCACGCUCGGCACGGAUCAGGAGAACGGCGCCGUGUACCGCCAUCAUCCGGACUUUGCUCCAGACAGCGGCGCGCCGCUACCUCACGCCGAGCACUCGAUGCAGAGGCACAUGUGCGCCGACUGCGGGGACACGUUUGCGGACAUUGCCGGUAUCGUGGCGCACGCGUGCCACCUGCUCGGACAGCAGCAGCAGCAGCACGACGCCGACGGGAGCUUUGCGGGCACCGUGCCGCCGUUUGAUGAAGCGGAAGAUGCGGACGGGCAGAAUUUCUUUGAGCGCGGCUUCCGGGAAGAUGUGGGCAGCGAGCAGCUGAACGGCGACCCCGAAGAAGACGACGGCGAUCUUUUUCAAUGUUCCGUUUGUGGCAACAGCUACAGCAGCAUGCAAGCCCUCAGGAGCCAUCUCCGAGGACACGCGCAGGCCCAGUGCGCGGUCGCCAGCUCGGGACCCUCGUCCAUGUCCUCUCAGGAGGAGGCCGGGGACGACGAGACGGCUGAAAUGAUGAUCUGCAGUACCUGCGGGGAAAGCUUUGUCAGCAGGCAGGACUUGGUCGCCCAUCAGCUGGCGCAUGUCAAGCGUCAAGAAGAAGACGGCGACGGCGAGGGGCCAGGAGGCGAGAGGGAGACGCAAAGCAUCAUUUGCGGGCGCUGCGGAAUCUUCUGCGCCGGCUACCGUCAUCUGGAGAGCCACGGCUGCAUGGCAGAGAAGAAAGAAGAAGCGGCAACAGCAGCAGACGGCCAGGAAGUGCAAGUGGAAGUCAAAGCAAACGACUUGCAGCAGAGUGACGUCAGGGAGCACCCGGAGGAGCGUCGGCACAGGUGCGACCAGUGCGGCCGCUCGUACAGACACUCGGCUUCCCUCCUCAACCACAAGAAGUCUCACAAAACGGGAGUGUUCAAGUGCGCCGUGUGCCAGAAGCGAUUUUACAACUUGCUGGCUCUUAAAAACCACCAGAGGUCCCACUUUGACGUGAAAAGGCAUUCUUGCCCCGAGUGCGGGAAAGCCUUCAAAAUCCAGAAGCAGCUUUUGAUCCACCUCGGGAGGCACAAGGAGAACCGAGCCAAGAUCCAAGAGCUGAACAACCAGAUCCAAGCCCUCAUGCAGAUGAACACGUCCGAAGCCGAGGACGCCCGAGCAGCGGCGGUGGUCAAAUCGGAACGCGCGGGCGACAGCCGACCCUUUGCCUGCGAGCGGUGCGGGCGUACGUAUCGCCACGCCGGCAGUCUGGUCAACCACAAAAAGUCCCACAAAACCGGCCAGUAUUACUGUUCUCUUUGCAGCAAAGCUUACGCCAAUCAGCUGGCCUUGAAGAAUCACCUCCGCACGCAUUUUGCCGGUCGGAAGCAUUCUUGCCCAAAGUGCGGAAAAGGCUUCCGAGGGACACGCCAGCUGGCGGCUCACGUUUGCGCGGACUCCCGGAAGGGCGGCGGGAGGAGCAAACGCCGUCGACGGACGUUUCCUCCCGGCGAGCAAGCGGCGGCCCGCGCCAAAGAGGAGCGGAUCUUCUCCUGCGACGUUUGCCAGCGCAGCUAUCGGCACGCCGGCAGCCUCCUCAACCACAAGAACACGCACAAGACGGGCCACUUCUCCUGCACCUUCUGCGCCAAGGCCUUCACCAACCCCAUGGCGCUGCGCAACCACACGCGCAUCCACACGCAGAAGAAGAAAUACGUCUGCCUCACGUGCGGGAAGGCCUUCCGCCUCGCCGGCAUCUUGCGCAACCACCAGAAGGUCCACAGCCGCGCCGGCGGACGCUUCGGCUGUACGGCGUGCGAGAAGAGCUUCCGAGGGAGGGCCGGACUCAAGAGGCACCGCUGCCGCCGAGGUCCGGGACGGGACGGGAAUCCGCCGGGAGAAAGCCCGGACAAGUGCUUCACGUGCGACCUGUGCGGGCGCUCGUACCGCCACGCCGGCUCCCUCCUCAACCACAAGAAGACUCACUCGGAAAACCUCCACCACUGCGGCCUUUGUCUGCAGACCUUCCCGGACCCCCUGACGCUCCAGAUGCACUCCCGGAUGAGGCGCCACUGCUGCCCCGAGUGCGGCAAGACCUUCUGUCUCAUCGCGCACCUGCAGAGCCACGUGGAGGUGCACUCCAAGGAUCGCCGUCGGGUCCCCUACCGAUGCGGCUCGGAUGAGCCCGAGGUCGGCGACCUUAGUCCCCGGCGUCCCGGGAGCGCGGGCGAGCGGGCGCAGAAGAGCCACGUGUGCGAGCACUGCGGCCGCGCCUACCGCCACGCCGGCUCCCUCCUCAACCACAAGAACAGCCACAAGACGGGCUCCUUCUCCUGCGGCGCUUGCCACAAGGAGUUCUCCAACCUGAUGGCCCUCAAGAACCACCGCCGCAUCCACACGGAGCCCAAACGCUACCAGUGCGCCGAGUGCGGCAAGGCCUUCCGCGUCUCCACGCAGCUCGUAUGUCACCGCAGGAUCCACAGCAAGGAGAAGCCCUUCGCCUGCCGGCUGUGCGGUAGGAGCUUCUCCAGCAAGUCCAACCUGAGGCACCACGACAAGUUGCACCGGGACCGGCGGGCCCGCGACGACUCCUGCUCUUUCGGCUUGGACGCUCACCGCUUCAUGGAUUUGGACCUGGGCUCUUUCCUCUGAAGUCUCCUCCGCCUUCCUUCCAACUUUGCCGCCGCUUCCAAAGCACGACGUCUCUUCGCCGAGCAAAGUGAGUUGAGAAGCCCGCCUUCCCUGCCAACUGGUCAGUGCCCGUGCCAGGAAACGGCAACUAUCUACUCUUCUGCUCCCAAAAACCUUUACAGGUGGUCCGAAUUUGGACCUCUCCCCUGGUACGCCGAAUUAGAAAUGUUUGUUGUGAUACGGCGCCGCAUUUCUGCCGGGUCUCCGCGGGGUUCACGCUCCCGUUGUGAAUUUAUUUGGCCAUGAGAACAAAUCGAUGGAUGCGCGAUUUCAAAAAGUUUGGCGGUCAAAUGCGUUUCUCCUUGGAAAGGUGACACACUCUCAAAAAAGCCACCGUCCAAAUACCUCAUGGAGUGUGCGUGAAGCUCACUCAAAGUGAUGGACUUGAAUCUCGUCAAUAGCUCUUCGACUUCGUAAUAAAAUCAUUUCAAUUCAAGUGACAUUGGAUGCUAGACGCGACAGAUUUUGACGAGGGAGAUUUUUUUUAAUUUAUUGUGUGUGUUGAAUGUUGUUAAAAAAUGCUUUGUUUUAACCGUGAAGGUGCUUUUUUACGGCAGGAAAUCAUCACGAUUCCACGCUGGUUUGCCGAGCCAUCUUUAACUUGACGUCACCGCCGUUAGAUGGUCUUGAAAGCGCUUCUCUUCUCUUUAGCAUUCGUCUGUCUGACGGGCUUCUGUCCUGACGCACUCGUCUUUUGAGUCCCUUCUUUUUGGGACUCUUCUGGCUCCAUUGAUGACUUGACUUGACUCGACUGUAUUUCUGGAGCACUUUCAAACAGCCAUCGCUGCAUACAAAGUGCUGUACAUGGAGCGAUUUAACAUGUACAACAAAUCAGACUCCCUCUUCUUUCGUGACUCUCAUCCGUCUUGAUUUUUUUGUUUUUUUUUCUGAGUAGCUUUACUUUCAUUGCGUGUCACCUCGUGUCUUUGCCGGGAUUUUCUUAGCCUUAUUUCCAGAGGUCGGGCACCACACCGGUUUGAAAUACCUCGUCCGAGUCGGCCGACGGCCCGCCCGCCCGCCCUCACGGCGUUAACGCAACAAGCGCGCUCCUUGAUUGUAUUUGCACGCGCGGGCCGGCAACAAAAUGCUUCCUGGUGCGGCCCGCGCGGCCGUUUUGUUUCUACUUCAAGCAUUCGAUUUCCGUGGUGAACUAGCAAAAAAAGUGUCGGGGUCGCACUGGAGUGGGGUGUGUGUGGGGGGGGGGGGGGGGGGAGUUUUCUUGCAUUCACUUCUUGUUCAGUUUUUUUUUCCCCCACUAGUUCAUCAUCAUCAUCACUUGAAUGUAAGUAUGAAAUGGAUUCUGUCUCCGGUGCGAUCCCACACACAGCACAUGCCACGUUUCUAGCAUUUAUUUCCCCCCGUUGGUAGUAUUCCUGACCUGGAACCUCCAUUUGUCGCGGUGGCCGACAUGCAAGGCAGCAACUAAUAUUUAGUUGUGGCUUGUUUGAUUUUUUUUUUUCACCUUCUCAUCUCUUGUGGUGCUUCCGCAUCUUCCUCCUCGCUCAACGUUGUAACUCGUAGAAUAAUCGACUGACGGCUGGAUCUUUUGUACAGCUUUCUUCUGUAGGAGAACUAGAAGUGCUAGAUUAGUUAUUGUGUAAUACGAUGCCCGAGGGAGGGGGCGGUCAAGUGCUCAGUAUUUAAGUCCUAUUUAUAUAGAAGUAUUUUGUCAACCAUUUCCACUUUGUUGUUUAGAAGCUCAUUUAGGAUGGAAGCAAAGUCGUGAUUAAAAGACUGGACCAAA